UUAGAAAAGGCUGUGUCUUCUGUUUGCGUGCGGGCGACUUUCAUCUAAUCAUUUGCGAUCCAUCCCUCUCCCUUGCAAAAAUGACAUCUCAACCUUCCGACCAUACUACUCCCCUCCUCCAUCGCAAUUGGUGGCGCAGCCACCUUUCCACCCUUCCAUUCGCCGCCUCACUCCGCUUAAAAACCCCCCUACUCUCCGAACUUGGUGGCUCAGUCGGCGACUUAGGCACAUACAUCCCAAUUGUCUUAGCACUCACCUUAGUAUCCAAUCUUGAUCUCAGCACUACCCUUAUCUUCACUGCAUUCUACAACAUAAUAACCGGUGCUAUUUUCGGUAUCCCUAUGCCUGUCCAACCCAUGAAAUCCAUUGCUGCUGUUGCUGUUUCCGAGACACCUCAUUUAACUGUUCCUCAAAUAGCUGCUGCUGGAAUAUCCACAGCUGGUACACUGUUAUUCCUUGGAGUUACCGGACUUAUGUCCUUCUUUUAUCGGUUUAUUCCACUCCCUGUUGUUCGUGGUAUUCAGCUUUCUCAAGGCCUAGCUUUUGCUUUCUCUGCUAUCAAAUAUAUUCGGUAUAACCAAGACUUUGCUAGUACUACAAAAGCUAGCAACAAUACCCCACGUGCAUGGUUUGGUCUUGACGGUGUUAUUUUGGCUCUCACUUGCGUAUCUUUUGUUAUUCUUGUUACUGGUUCUGGUGAAGUUGUUGAGGACGAUGAAGAUAGUACUAAUGGAAUUGAUCGGAGUAGAGUUCGACGCAGCAGAUUACGAAUACUAUCAGCAAUUCCGGCAGCUCUUGUUGUGUUUUUGUUGGGAUUGAUUCUCUGUUUUGUGCGUGAUCCUUCAAUUAUUGGCGAUAUUAAAUUUGGUCCAUCAAGAAUCCAUGUAUUGGAGAUCACGUGGGAAGACUGGAAAACCGGGUUUUUAAGGGGCGCGAUUCCCCAGAUUCCGUUAUCCGUAUUGAAUUCUGUGAUUGCUGUGUGUAAAUUGUCAGCUGAUUUGUUUCCAGAAAAGGAAGUUUCGGCUACGAGAGUUUCUGUGAGUGUUGGGUUGAUGAAUUUGGUGGGUUGUUGGUUUGGAGCUAUGCCGUGUUGCCACGGGGCAGGAGGACUAGCCGGACAAUAUAGGUUUGGUGGGAGGAGUGGCGCGUCUGUGGCGUUUCUUGGGUUGGGUAAAUUGGUUCUUGGAUUGGUAUUUGGGAGUUCAUUUGUGAGGAUUUUGAGUCAGUUUCCUAUUGGGAUACUUGGGGUGCUUUUGUUGUUUGCUGGGAUUGAAUUGGCUAUGGCUUCAAGGGAUAUGAACACAAAGGAAGAAUCUUUUGUCAUGUUGGUUUGUGCGGCUGUAUCGUUGACAGGGUCUAGUGCUGCACUGGGAUUUGGGUGUGGUAUUGUGCUAUUUUUGCUGUUGAAAUUGAGGCAAUUGGACUGCUUUGGUGGCCGCGUUGGGAGAUCAAACUCCAGGUCAAACAUUGAUGAAGCUAGUCUCAAUCCGUAAGAUUUGAGAAGAUAUAGAUUUCUUUAAGAAAUUGUUUAUGUUCUAUGCUAACUUUGUAUACCUAUUCCUUGCGUAAGUACAAAAUCGCUUGUCUCUUGGGCUCCGAUCAUUCAAAAUCUAUGUAUCUUUGAUAUCUGUUUGUUAUGGAUAUUGUUCUCAGCAUGUGAGAGACUAUACCAAGGAGGCAAUAAGCAGUUGUUGUUUGA